UACUGAGAAUUCAGAAAGAAACACUAAAAAAUUGUCAGAAGAACCUCCAAAAGCCACCAAAAACGUCAGAAGUACUAAGAAUCCAGAAAGAACCACCAAAAAGUCAUCAGAAGAACCUCCAAAAUUCGCCAAAAGACAUCUGAGUACCGAGAAUUCAGAAAGAAACACCAAAAAAUCGUCAGAAGAACCUCCAAAAGCCACCAAAAAACGCCAGAAAUAUCAAGAAUCCAGAAAGAACCACCAAAAAAAAGAACCUCCAAAAACAUCUAAAAUUCGCCAAAAAAAUGUUGAAAGUACCGAGAAUUUAGAAAGAAACACCAAAAAAUCGUCAGAAGAACCUUCAAAAGCCACCAAAAACGCCGGAAGUACCAAGAAUCCAGAAAGAACCACCAAAAAGUUAUCAGAAGAACCUCCAAAAUUCGCCAAAAGACAUCAGAGUACCGAGAAUUCAGAAAAAAACACCAAAAAAUCAUCAGAAGAACCUCCAAAAGCUACCAAAAAACGCCAAAAAUACCAAGAAUCCAGAAAGAACCUCCAAAAAUCAUCAGAAGAAACUCUAAAAAAUCCAGAAAGAAACAACAAAAAGUCGACAGAAAAACCUCCAAAAUUUGCCAAAAAACGCCAAAUGUACCAAGAAUCCAAAAAGAACCUCGAGAAAGAACCUCAAAGAACAUCUAAAAUUCGCGAAAAAAUAACAAAAGUACCAAGAAUCCAGAAAGAAACACCAAAAAAAAGAGCUCUCAAGAACAUCCAAAAUUCACCAAAAAAUGACAGAAGUACUAAGAAUCCAGAAAGAAACACCAAAAUGUCACAAGAAGAACCUCCAAAAGCCGCCAAAAAACACUGGAA